AUCAUCAAAAAGUAGAUAAAAAGCUGUGGACUCUCUUUCAGAAAAAAAAAAUAAAAAAUUGACAACUAAACUUAAGAGUAGAUUUGUGUUGUGAAUUCUUUUUGAGACAGUAUGGAGGGUGCUCCUCACAAAGCUGCGAAGACGGAGUUUACAGAAUGUUGGAGGACUUCAUGGAAAACGCCUUACAUUAUGCGUCUCGCCUUUUCUGCUGGUAUAGGAGGGCUGCUGUUUGGUUAUGAUACUGGUGUGAUAUCUGGUGCAUUGCUUUAUAUUCGCGAUGAUUUCAAAUCUGUUGGUAAGCGUACUUGGUUGCAAGAAACCAUAGUAAGCAUGGCUGUUGCAGGGGCAAUUUUCGGGGCAGCAUUUGGUGGAUGGUUCAAUGACAAAUAUGGUCGGAGAAAAUCGAUUCUUUUAGCAGAUAUCUUGUUCUUUAUUGGUGCCAUCGUCAUGGCAGUUGCCCCGGCACCUUGGGUGAUAAUUAUUGGAAGAGUACUCGUCGGUUUAGGAGUUGGAAUGGCUUCUAUGACUUCACCUCUUUAUAUAUCAGAAGCUUCCCCUGCUCGGAUUAGAGGAGCUUUAGUUAGCACGAAUGGUCUGCUUAUUACGGGAGGACAGUUUCUAUCUUAUCUUAUCAACUUAGCAUUUACAAGGACCAAAGGAACUUGGCGAUGGAUGCUUGGUGUAGCUAGUAUUCCUGCUCUUGUUCAGUUUAUCCUAAUGCUGUCUCUGCCCGAGUCACCCCGAUGGUUGUAUAGAGCGGACAAGAAAGACGAAGCUAGGGCUAUAUUAGAGAAGAUUUAUCCUGCUCAUGAAGUCGAAGACGAGAUGAAAGCAUUGCAGACUUCCAUUGAAGUAGAGAAGGCUGACAAAGAGUUCCUUGGGGAUGGUGUGUUUUCAAAAGUCAAGAGUGCUUGGAGCAACACUAUUGUUCGUCGGGGUCUCUAUGCUGGUAUUACAGUCCAGGUGGCACAACAAUUUGUCGGAAUCAACACGGUCAUGUACUACAGUCCUACUAUUGUGCAACUGGCUGGAUUUGCUUCUAACAAGACAGCUUUAGCUCUCUCGCUCAUAACGUCUGGUCUCAAUGCUGUUGGCUCCAUUAUCAGUAUGUGUUUUGUCGACAGGUACGGAAGAAGAAGGUUGAUGAUUGUCUCCAUGUUUGGUAUCAUAACAUGCCUAGUGGUAUUGUCCGUGCUCUUCAUGCAAGCUUCUAUACACUCCCCACGAAUCAGUGCUUUCGAAUCCAAUCACUUUGGAUCAAAUUCCACAUGCUCGGCGUUUCUAAAUGCUCCGGGAGCGUCGUCCUGGAACUGUAUGAGUUGCUUGCAGGCUUCCACAGAUUGUGCUUUCUGCUCUAAUGGAAACAACAAAUAUCAUACUGGUGCAUGCUUGUCUCUAAAUGACAACGUUAAAGGUUUAUGUCGAUCAGAGAAACGUGAAUGGUUCACUAAAGGUUGUCCUAGCAAGUUUGGGUUCUUUGCAGUGAUGCUUCUUGGUUUGUACAUCAUAGCCUACUCUCCUGGGAUGGGAACAGCUCCGUGGAUCGUUAACUCUGAGAUAUACCCCUUAAGAUACAGAGGCAUUGGUGGUGGGAUCGCGGCCGUCUCCAAUUGGGUAUCCAAUCUUAUCGUUAGUGAGACGUUCUUAACGUUAACGGAGGCAAUUGGUUCAUCUGGUACAUUUCUUCUAUUUGCUGGAUUCUCAACUAUUGGUUUAAUAGCCAUAUACUUUCUGGUGCCUGAAACUAAAGGCCUACCCUUUGAGCAAGUUGAAAAAAUGCUUGUGAAAGGCUAUAAACCCAAAUAUUUUCGCAAGAAAACAGGCGAAAAAGCCGAUACGAGCUAAGUUUAGUUUAGUCCAUAAUCUUAAUUAGUGUGUGAUUUGUGUCUGAUUAUGGUGAAAACCCUCUGAUUAUUUAGUUGAUGUUUUAUAUAGUAUAAUAUAAGAUGAUCAGAGAGUAUAAAUAUUUUGGUUUCUCAAUUGGAGAUUUUAUAUAUGGCAUACUAUUGCAUUUUUA